CCUCAGACGUGCUCAGACUAAAGAAAUACUCAGAGUCUCCUGAAGGUUCGCACAUAUACCACUUAAAAUGGAAUUCUUCUUUGGAUUACUUCAAACUCGCAGGUCGAAGUCCUCAUGGAUAAACCUUACCUUUCUUUGUUCAAUGCUGUGCAUGUGGACAAGUGUCGAGUGCUGGUCCUACUUCUACUCCAACGACACAAUGUCUUGGUCAGAUGCUCGAGCCUGGUGCAAGGUCAAUUACACGGACAUGGUGGCCAUCCAGAACCAGGAGGAGAUCACCCAUCUCAACAGCUGGCUGCCCAGGAAAAAAAACUACUACUGGAUCGGGAUCCGCAAGGUCAACGAUGUCUGGACCUGGGUCGGAACCAACAAGACUCUGACAGAAGAGGCAACCAACUGGGCAAAGAGAGAACCAAACAAUGGAAAGCGUUUGGGGUCGAAUGAAGACUGUGUAGAGAUGUACGUUCAGAGGGAGCAACAGGCGGGAAAAUGGAACGAUGAAAGGUGUGGGAAGAAUAAGACCGCUCUGUGCUACACAGCUGCCUGUAAGAACGACUCGUGCCAGCAUGGAGAGUGUGUAGAAACCAUCAACAGCCACAGGUGUGCUUGCUUUGAAGGCUUUUACGGAGACCAGUGUGAGGAUGUUGUUGAGUGUAAUGAAGAGGAGGUGACUGUUCCAGAUAAAGGAAGUGUUCAUUGCACUCACACAAAUGGAAACUUCUCCUACGACUCCUCGUGCCAGUAUUCCUGUGAGGAAGGAUACCAGCUGAGUCCGUCCAGACCCCUGAGGUGCACUGCGUCCAAACAGUGGUCGGAGCAGCCUCCUACAUGUGAACUGGUUCAAUGUCAGCCGAUGUCGACUCCAGAAAGGGGAUCCAUGACGUGCUCCGAUCCCCUCGGCUCCUCCAGCUUCAGCUCCACAUGUGUGUUUGCCUGUGAUGAAGGCUAUGAACUCGCUGAUACACCUCAAAACACUCUGCAAUGUGAAGCAUCAGGAAUAUGGAAUGCCUCACAGCCGUUUUGUGUUGCUGUCCAGUGCCCUGAUCUCCAGGAGCUAGAUAACGGCCUUUUGAACUGUGGAGACGAUGCAGAUGUGAAGUUCAGCUUCGGAAACACCUGCAGCUUCAGCUGUGCUCCGGGCUACCAGCUGCUGGGAGCCAGCAGGGUGACGUGCACGUCUGCAGCUGAGUGGAGUGAGAGGACGCCUCAAUGUGAAGCCAUCACUUGCCAGAAUCCAGAGGGAGCUCACAUCAUCACAAAUUGCAGUCGACCUGUGAAUGACCUGCGACCAGCCUCCACCUGCAGCUUCACCUGUGCAGCAGGCUUUGAGCUGCAGGGAGCACACAGCACUCUGUGUUCUGAGGACGGGCAGUGGAGUGAUGCCAUACCUACCUGCAAAGCUAUUGGAUGUCCUGCCCCUGAGAUCCCAUCAAGUGCCCAGAUCAGCUGCAGCCCUUCUCUGUCGUCACCUGUUUCUGCCGGGACCCCCCAUCCACUUGGUAUGGUCUGCAUGUUCAGCUGUGAUGAAGGCCAUGAGCUGACAGGUGCACUCAGCAUGGAGUGUGCAAAUCCAGGCCAGUGGACCUCCACACCUCCAAACUGCACAGUAGUGAGAUGCCCUCAGCUCGAGGCUCCUGAAAACGGCCAUGUCAACUGCUCCAACAGUGAUCCAGUAUUCAACUCACAGUGCUCCUUCGCCUGCAAUCAAGAUUUCUCUUUAGACGGACAUGACUUGCUGACCUGUGACCGUAAUGGCAAUUGGACCGGAGAAACACCCACCUGCAAAGCUCCCGAGUCUCAGUUGGCUGCAAUUACCGGUGGUGCAGCAGCAGGGGGCGCUCUUUCACUAACUGGUCUGUCUUUGGCGCUGUGGAUCCUGAAACGACUUAGGCAAAACGCCAACAAGUUUGAGCUGAACAGCAACUCGGACAUAGAGACUCCUCCACAAACCUACAGAAACAGCAUCGACAGCCUCAUAUAAAACACAUAUUAAGACCAUUUCUAACAUAACAUAGUGAGUGACCUGUCGUAGUAAUGUGAAUAAUAUGUAUACACAACUUAAAGAGCUACAUACAGUAUGCUGAGAGGAAAUGUUUUUUUAGAUCUUAGCAAUUGAUUACUGUACUGUUAUUUCUAUAACGUCAUGAUUUCCUCUGUGAUGUUUAGAAAUGUAUUUCCUCCCAAGGGGAGUUCAUAUGGAACACAUUGUUCUACAGCCUAUGAACAUGUACGAGAACUGGCUCUUUUUAUAUUGCUGUAAAUGUUACAAAAGGUUGCCGGUGAAAUGCCAUGUCUUUGAAGAACUGUGAAUAUUUUGAAUAUAUAGAUUUCAGUAUUUAUGUUCUAUUUAUUUACCAGAUAGUUAUUGCAUUUGAGAUUCUUAUUCAUAUGUCUGUAUAUUUAAAGCAGUGCUGUGUUUUAUUCUUAAUAAAAAG